AGAGAGUGUGUGUGUGUGUGUGUAUGAGUGUGUGUGAGUGUGAGUAAGAGUGUGUUUGGGACAGCACGCCGCUGCCGCACGCGCUCCGUCUCUCCGUUUCUCCUUGUUUUCCCUGUUGGAUUACCGAGGUCUGAGCAUGGAUCCUCAGCAGCCGGGACGCGCGCGGACACGGAAAGUUUAAGGUGAUCCAAAGAAGCCCAGCGCGCGCUCGCUCGCUCGCUCGCGCGCGGAGGUGCAUCACCACUACCAGCACCAGCACGAGCCGCAGCGGCAGCAGCAGAAAAGAUGAAGUUGGGUUGGCUCCUGCUGGCGCUCUCGUGCGCGUCCUGCUCGCACGGUUUCGUCGUGCACGUUGGCGAGGACGCACCAUCCGGCACGGUGAUCGCAAACGCGCACGGGAGCGCGAGCACGUCCUGCGCUUUGGAACAGGUACUCUCCCCAAAAUUCACUCGGAACUUUCUGCACGUUGACCCCGCCGCGGGUACCGUGUCCACUUCAGACCGGCUGAGGUGCAGAUCUUUGCUCUCCAACCCUUUUGUGAUGCACACGGUGGCGGACUGCACGAGCACGAGCUCCAGCACCGUGCAUGGGGUCCCGGGGGUCCAGCUCAAGCACCUGGUGUUGGGUCAGUACUUGGUGCAUGUUUGGGGAUCCAGCUGUGGGUGUAAACCCAGACGCAGAGAGAAGUGGGACGUGGAGGUUAUAAGUUUACUCCAGGUUCCUGAGUGUCUGGAGGUGGCUACUGCUCUUCUUCAACCACAGGAUGUCUUACCUGGUGCUAGAACUGGAACUGAUACUGGUGGUUGGGGACUGGCGUGUAAUGUGACUGGAAGUUCUGAACUACUGUCCUUUGUAGAGGGUCAACUUGUAGUCUUGAAGCAGCUCUGCUUUGCGGAUGAAUCUCUGUUGGAGUUUGAUCUGCACUGCACUGUGAAAACAGAAAGGUCCUCUGCAAGGUCCAUGCACGUCCACUGGCAUCUGGGUCAUGGUCCAUUCAAGCAGCGCUACCUGGAAAAGCUGCUGUGGAAAGCAGCACAGCAGUCAGAUUCUGGUCUGCUAAGCUUAAGCAGGAGGAAAAGAAGCCCCAACACCCAACCCCAGUUCCAGCCCCCCAUGUACCAAGUGUCUGUUCCGGAGAACAAGCCGGCGGGGACGUCUGUGGUCAUUUUGAGAGCAGUGGAUCUGGACGAAGGCGAGGCGGGAAGGCUGGAUUACUUCAUCGAGGCUUUGUUCGACAGCCGCUCGAAUAACCUCUUCUCCGUGGACAAAGAAAGUGGCCUGGUGUCCACAGUUGAAGAGCUGGACCGCGAGACAAAAGACACUCAUGUGUUUAAAGUGACCGCUGUUGAUCACGGCACGCCACGGAGGACAGCGAUGGCGACUCUGACCAUAACAGUGAGCGACACGAAUGACCAUGACCCUGUUUUUGAGCAACAGGACUACAAAGAAAGCGUGCGGGAGAACUUGGAGAUUGGCUAUGAGGUGUUGACAGUCCGAGCCACGGAUGGAGAUGCACCGGUCAAUGGCAACAUCCUCUACCACAUCCUCAACAGCAAUGGCUCCAACAACGUGUUUGAAAUUGAUUCGCGAUCUGGCGUGAUUCGCACACGUGGCCCUGUGGACCGUGAGACCAUUGAGUCCUACAUGCUACUAGUCGAAGCAAAUGACCAAGGUCGAGACCCGGCUCCUCGCAGUGCCACAGCGACCGUGCACAUUGUGGUUGAAGACGACAAUGACAAUGCCCCGCAGUUCAGCGAAAAACGCUACAUCGUGCAGGUUCCAGAGGAUUUAACGCCCAACGCUGAAAUCCUGCAGGUGACAGCCACUGACCAGGACCGUGGUAGUAAUGCUGUGGUUCACUUCAGCAUCAUGAGUGGCAACACUAGGGGGCAGUUCUACAUAGAUGCUCAAACUGGAAAGAUGGAUCUAGUGAGCCAGCUGGACUAUGAGAUGAAUAAGGAAUACACCCUCCGUAUUCGGGCGCAGGACGGCGGACGCCCACCGCUGUCUAAUAUCUCUGGCUUGGUGACUGUGCAGGUGUUGGACAUCAACGAUAAUGCACCUAUCUUUGUUAGCACUCCGUUCCAAGCCACUGUGCUGGAGAACGUUCCGAUCGGAUACUCUGUGAUACAUAUCCAGGCUGUUGACGCAGAUUCAGGUGACAAUUCCCGGCUGGAGUACCGCCUCACGGAGGUGACGCCAAACUUUCCCUUUACUAUAAACAACAGCACAGGUUGGAUUAUUGUAACAGCAGAGUUGGACCGAGAGAGUGUGGACUUUUACAACUUUGGAGUGGAGGCUCGGGAUCACGGAACACCCAUCAUGUCAUCUUCUGCUAGCAUCAGCAUGACCAUUCUGGACGUGAACGACAACAAUCCUGAGUUCACACAAAAGGCAUACUACAUGCGUCUGAACGAGGACGCAGCUGUCGGUACCAGUGUAGUGACGGUGUCUGCAGUAGACCAGGACAUUAACAGUGUUGUGACAUAUCAGAUUUCCAGCGGGAACACCAGGAACCGCUUCUCCAUCACCAGUCAGAGCGGUGGAGGUCUAAUCACACUGGCGCUCCCUCUUGACUACAAGCUUGAGCGGCAGUAUGUGCUCAGCGUCACGGCUUCUGACGGCACACGCUUUGACACGGCCAAGGUGUACGUCAACGUCACGGAUGCGAACACCCACAGGCCGGUGUUCCAGAGUUCACACUACACUGUCAACAUCAAUGAGGACAGACCCAUGGGCACCACAGUUGUGGUGAUUAGCGCCACAGAUGAAGACACAGGUGAAAACGCAAGGAUUACUUACAUCAUGGACGACAGCAUCCCUCAGUUCAACAUCGACGCAGACACAGGAGCUGUGACCACCCAGAUGGAGCUGGACUAUGAAGACCAAGUGUCUUACACGCUAGCCAUCACAGCUCGAGACAAUGGGAUACCUCAGAAGUCCGACACCACCUACCUCGAGAUCUUGGUGAAUGAUGUGAACGAUAACUCUCCUCGCUUCUUACGAGAUCGAUACCUGGGCUCAGUCAUGGAGGAUGUACCCGUCUACACCAGCGUGGUCCAGGUUUCCGCCACUGACCGGGACUCUGGUCUGAAUGGACGAGUGUUCUACACCUUUCAGGGAGGAGAUGAUGGUGAUGGCGACUUCAUCAUCGAGUCAACAUCGGGAAUUGUGCGAACGCUGAGGCGCUUGGACCGCGAAAACACUCCCAUCUACAACCUUCAGGCCUUCGCAGUGGAUAAGGGAGUUCCUGCACUCAAAACUUCUGUAGACAUUCAAGUCACGAUUCUGGACGUGAACGAUAACCCUCCUGUGUUCGAGAAGGAUGAGUUUGAUAUCUACGUGGAGGAGAAUAGCCCCAUCGGUCUGGUUGUGGCCCACAUUUCUGCUACAGACCCAGACGAAGGCAGCAACGCCCAGAUCAUGUACCAGAUUGUUGAGGGCAACAUCCCGGAGGUGUUCCAACUGGACAUCUUCUCCGGUGAACUCACUGCCCUGAUGGAUCUCGACUACGAAACUCGCUCAGAGUACGUAAUCGUAGUCCAGGCCACGUCGGCUCCUUUGGUCAGCAGAGCCACCGUCCACAUCAAGCUCAUCGACAAGAACGACAACGUGCCAGUCCUCAAGAACUUCCAGAUCAUCUUCAACAACUAUGUGACCGACAGGUCUAACAGCUUCCCUACAGGAGUGAUAGGCCGGAUUCCUGCACAUGAUCCGGAUGCUUCUGACCAGCUGCGCUACAGUUUCGAGGCGGGAAACGACCUGAAGCUGCUGAUCUUGAACCAGACAACCGGAGAAAUCCGGCUGAGCCGAGCCCUCGACAACAACCGGCCACUGGAGGCGUCCAUGAGGAUCGCUGUCUCAGAUGGCGUUCACUCUGUCUCGGCUCAGUGUCUGCUGCAGGUCACCAUCAUCACGGACGAAAUGCUCUCAAACAGCAUCACCCUCCGCCUGGCCAACACCUCCCAGGAGCUCUUCCUCUCCGUCCUAUUGGCCCAGUUUCUGGAGGGCGUGGCCCGAGUUCUCUCCGCCUCCCGCGAGGAUGUUGUAGUUUUUAACAUCCAGGACGACACUGACGUGAACGCCGGCAUCCUGAACGUCAGCCUGAGCGUGGCGCUGCCCGCGGGGGGGUCCCGGGGUAAGAGUGAGCUGGUUCCCCAGCGGCUGGGGUCGGGAGGGGUGGAGUUUUUCGGUUCGGAGGAGCUGCAGGAGCGUCUGUAUCUGAACCGGAGUCUCCUGGCUCGGAUCUCCUCUCAGCAGGUUCUUCCGUUUGAUGAUAAUAUCUGCCUGCGUGAGCCGUGCGAGAACUACAUGAAGUGCGUGUCCGUGCUGAAGUUCGACAGCCUGGCGCCCUUCGUCUCCUCCGACACCAUCCUCUUCCGGCCCAUUCACCCCAUCGCCGGCCUGCGCUGCCGCUGCCCCGCCGGCUUCACCGGAGAUUACUGCGAGACCGAGAUCGACCUCUGCUACUCCAACCCCUGCUCAGCUCACGGGGUCUGCCGCAGCCACGAGGGGGGCUUCACCUGCGAGUGUCUGCACGACUAUACCGGUGAGCGGUGUGAGGUGUCGUCUCGCUCGGGUCGGUGUGUGGAGGGUGUGUGUAAGAACGGGGGUGUGUGUGUGAACCUGUUGGUGGGGGGGUUCCGGUGUGAGUGCCCCCCGGGUGGAUUUGAGAAACCGUACUGCAGCAUCAGCACCCGCAGCUUCCCCCCCCACUCCUUCAUCACCUUCAGGGGUCUCCGCCAGAGGUUCCACUUCACCCUCUCGCUCACGUUUGCCACUCAGGAAGCCAACGGUCUGCUGCUGUAUAACGGCCGCUUUAACGAGAAGCACGACUUCAUCGCUAUGGAGAUCAUUAACGAGCAGAUCCAGCUCACCUUCUCUGCAGGUGAAACCAAGACCACUGUGUCACCAUUCAUCCAGGGCGGGGUCAGUGACGGCCACUGGCACACGGUGCAGGUGCACUAUUACAACAAGCCAAUCCUGAACCAGGCAGGUCUACCUCAAGGCCCAUCAGACCAUAAAGUUGUUGUGGUGACCGUGGACAACUGCGACACAUCGGUGGCUCUACGGUUUGGUCAUGUGAUCGGAAAUUACUCAUGCGCUGCUCAGGGCAGCCAAUCAGGAUCCAAGAAGUCGUUGGAUCUGACAGGCCCACUGCUGCUGGGCGGAGUCCCGCGGCUGCCCGAGGAUUUCCCUGUUCUGAACAGACAGUUUAUUGGCUGCAUGAAGGACCUGCGCAUCGACAGCAGGAACAUAGACAUGGCUGCUUACACCGCUAACAAUGGCACAUUGCCAGGAUGCUCAGCGAAGAGACAGUUCUGUGUGAAUAACCCUUGUCUGAAUGGGGGAACCUGUGCGAGUCUCUGGGGCUCCUUCAGGUGUGACUGUGCUCUGGGCUUCGGAGGACGAAACUGUGAGAAAGUGAUGGCCAACCCUCAGCGUUUCCAAGGCAACAGCCUGUUGUUAUGGAGUAACCUGGCUGUCGUGGUAACCGUUCCCUGGCACCUGGAGCUGAUGUUCCGCACCCGGCUACCAACUUCAUCCAUCCUCCACAUAACGACCAGCCAGCAUCAGAAUUUCACUAUACAGCUGAGAGGCGGCAGUGUGGUGAUGAUGCUGCAGCACGGUGAAGACUCCACUGUCUCCCGGGUGGAGGACGUGUCUGUAGAUGAUGGAGAAUGGCACCACCUGCAGGUGGAGCUACGCGGAGCAGUAGGGGGCGCUGGAGGCUCUGAGGUGUACAAAGCAGUUCUGACCAUAGACAACGGCCUUUAUACGUCCUCUAUGGAAGUGGACAGUAAGCUGAAGGGAAUAAAGCUGAAGACUCUGAGUGUUGGAGGAGUUUCUGGGGGAAACAAGAAAGUGCUGUACGGAUUCCAUGGCUGUAUACAGGGCGUCUCUAUGGGUCCUGUAGCUCUGCGUUCGGAUGACGUGUUCAGACUGAAUGUGGAGAGCGGCUGCAGUGUGCCGGACCCCUGCAGCUCCGCCCCCUGCCCCUCACACAGCCACUGCACCCGCCACUGGGACACACACACCUGCACCUGCCACUCAGGUUACUAUGGCAACAACUGCACGGAUGCCUGUGCUCUGAACCCCUGUGAACACCAAUCAGCUUGCAACAGAAAGUCAAGCUCCACCCAUGGAUAUGUCUGCGACUGCCAGAACAGCUACUUCGGACGCUACUGCGAGAAAAAGACUGAUCUGCCGUGUCCUCGUGGUUGGUGGGGUCAUAAGACGUGUGGUCCGUGUAACUGUCCGACUGAUAAAGGCUUUGAUUCAGACUGUAAUAAGACCAGCGGAGAGUGUCGCUGCAAGGAUAACCACUAUCGCCCAGCAGGCAGUGAGGUGUGUUUGCUGUGUGAUUGUUACUCUGUGGGCUCGUUCUCGCGUGUGUGUGAGCGCGAGAGCGGUCAGUGUCAGUGUAAGCCGGGGGUGAUUGGCCGUCAGUGCGACCGCUGUGAUAACCCCUUCGCUGAGGUCUCACCCAACGGCUGUGAAGUGAUUUAUGACAGCUGUCCGCAGGCGAUUGAGGCGGGGAUCUGGUGGCCCAGGACUAAGUUCGGAUUGCCUGCAGCUGUGCCGUGCCCUAGGGGAUCCAUUGGUACGGCUAUCAGACACUGUGAUGAGCAUAAAGGCUGGCUUCCUCCCAAUCUGUUUAACUGCACCUCCAUCACUUUCUCUAAGCUGAAGCCGCUGUCGGAGCAGGUGGGCCGUAAUCUCUCAGUGCUGGACUCGUCUAACGUGCAGCAGACCGCCGCCCUGCUGUUUAACGCCACGCUGCACACGCACUCGUACUACGGCAGCGACGUUAAGGUGGCGUACCGCCUCACGCAGGGGCUCCUGCAGCACGAGAGCAACCAGCAGGGCUUCAGCCUGGCCGCCACGCAGGACGUGCACUUCAACGAGCACCUGCUGCGCGUGAGCAGUGCGAUGCUGGCGGCGGAGACGCGUCCUCACUGGGAGCAGAUCCAGCAGACUGAGGGCGGGACGGCGGCUCUGCUGAGACACUUUGAGGAGUACACUCACACCCUCGCCCAGAACAUGAGGAGAACCUACCUCAGCCCGUUCACCAUCGUCACGCCCAACAUCGUUAUCUCCAUCGAUCGACUGGAUAAGAUGAACUUCGCCGGCGCUAAACUGCCUCGUUAUGAAUCCCUGCGCGGGCCCCGCCCACUCGACCUGGAGACCGCCGUCACUCUCCCGGAUUCUGUCUUCAUUCCCGCUGCCGAGGGCAAAGGUCAUCGCCACCACAGUGAGCCAAUUACGGAGGUGGCCAGGAAUCAGUCGACCAAUCGGAAGAGGCGUCACCCGGACGAGCGGGAGCAGGACGCCGUGGCCAGUGUGAUCAUCUUCCACAGCUUGAGUUUACUCCUCCCACAGAGAUACGAUACAGACAAGAGGAGUCUGAGGGUUCCUAAACGGCCGGUGAUUAACACCCCAGUGGUCAGUAUUACGGUGCAUGAUAACGAGGAGCUGGUGCAGCACGCGCUGGAUAAACCAAUCACAGUGCAGUUCCGCCUCGUCACCACUGAGGAGCGCUCUAAACCCAUCUGUGUGUUCUGGAAUCACUCCAUCAGUGUGGGUGGUCCCGGUGGGUGGUCCUCUAAAGGCUGUGAGGUCGUGUUCAGGAACAGCACACACAUCAGCUGUCAGUGUUAUCACAUGACCAGCUUCGCUGUGCUAAUGGACAUCUCACACAGAGAGAACGGUGAGAUUUUACCCAUAAGGCUGGUGACGUGGAGUACAGUGGGCGUGACCCUGUUCUUCCUCUUCCUCACCGUGGUCUUCCUCACCUGUCUGAGGGCCAUGCAGUGUAACAGCACCAGCAUCAUCAGCAACGGAGCUUUCACACUCUUCAUCGCCGAGCUGCUCUUCAUCCUCGGCAUCAACCAGACAGACAACCCGUUUGUCUGUACAGUUAUAGCGAUCCUCCUGCAGUUCUUCUACAUGUGUGUGUUCUCCUGGCUGUUUCUGGAGGGGCUGCAUGUUUACCGCAUGAUGAGUGAAGUUCGUGACAUCAACUACGGCCCCAUGCGCUUCUACUACCUCAUCGGCUGGGGCCUGCCUGCUAUUAUUACUGGUCUGGCGGUUGGUUUAGAUCCUGAAGGUUAUGGUAAUCCUGAUUUCUGCUGGCUCUCUCUGUAUGACACUCUGAUCUGGAGUCUGGCCGGACCCAUCGCUCUCGUCGUGGCUAUGAACCUGUUCCUGUAUAUUUUGGCCUCCAGAGCCUCCUGCUCUCUCAGAUCAAACAGCUAUGAGAAGAAAGAACCUCCAGUGUACGGAUUGAGGACAGCGUGUGGUGUGUUGUUAUUGGUGACGGUGACGUGUCUGCUGGCUCUGCUGUCUGUAAACAGUGAUAUGAUUCUCUUCCACUAUCUGUUCGCCGGAUUCAACUGCAUUCAGGGUCCGUUUAUCUUCUUUUUCCGAAUCGUGUUUAAUAAAGAAGCUCGCAGUGCGAUGCGCUACUGCUGCAGCAAAAAACGCCCAGAGCACAUCAUCAAAUCCAAACCUUCAUACACCUGUAGCAGUAGUUAUGUUGAUGGUCGUUUGUAUCACCUGCCGUACGCCGAGUCCAGCGUAUCUCUGAACGGAACUCUACAGAGCGGCAAGAGCCAACACAGCUACGUACCAUUCGUACUCAGAGAUGACGGGGGUCUCAAUAACAGUCGAAUCGCUCUGGAUGAUCACAGCUUCCACGAAACUAAACCACACCCAGACGAUCACGACUCUGAUUCAGACAGUGAUCUCUCCGAGCUGGAUGACGACCAGAGCGGCUCUUACGCGUCGACACACUCCUCAGACAGCGAGGACGAGGAGGGACAGUUUCCCCAGGAGGAAUGCUGGGAAAACCUGGCAACCAACACAACCAAGAGAACACAAGAUUCCAGUGGUGGCUCCCCCUGCUGGCCGGGUGAGUGUGAGAUGGGAGGGGGUGGAGCCAGGCUGAGGGUGGAGACUCUUAGCCAUCCAGAGGAGAGAGCAGAGGAUUAUGGGAAAGAAAGCACACUACCACUGCUGCCCAGCUUACACAAUCCCCACAGCCACCCACACAAAGGUAUCCUGAAGAAGAAGCCGCUCUCUCCCAUUGCUGAGAGAAACGGCAUCAACCGCAUCCACAACCAGCUGUCAGGCCCCGCCUCCUCCAGAGGCUCCUCCUCUAGUGAGGAGAAAGGGGGUGGGGCCAAGCCGGAUCAGCUGAACGGUGUGGCCAUGAGCAUUAAAACAGGAACUGUGGAUGAUGAGUCCUCAGGAUCUGAUUCCCGCGGCCAAACUGUGAUGUGAUUGGCCUGAUGACAGGAGGCGUGUCUCUUUGCAGGUCAUAGAACUACAGAACUGCAUGCUGACCUGUCAAUCAACCUGAAGCCCCGCCCACGCACAGUAUCAGGACCAGUGAAAUGGGAGUGGCCGAGCGAGUUGAGGAAGGAAAUGGAGAGCGCUGAACAAUCCCAGAAUUCCCGGCGUCUCCUCGCGGAUUACUCCACUGUGCCAAACCUCAGACGUCUCGACACUGACGAGAACGCACCAACCGCACUGACCACGCCUCCUUACGUUUAUGUUCGUUUACAUACUUGAAGUGAUGCACUUUUUUGUUGUUUUUUCUUUAUUUGUUCUGCCCAGCAGGACGAGACUUUGCUCAAACAAUACUUUUUUCUUUAAAAAAAAAUAGAGACGCUGAUUUUUCACAUGAACAUCUUGAUCUACAGUAAGGAUUUUUUUUAUAAUAUCAGGGAAAUUUCCUUCAUAAAGCUGAAAUAUCUGUACUACUGUCCGGCACUCGGAGCCAGCGAGCCGAAAUCUACUGAGAUACUGAUCUAAAGAAGCCAGGAGAUGAACAGACACUGCAGGAGAAAUCACACUGUAACUGAAAUCACCCACUACAAGCUCCGCCCACUGAUACCAUCUUUCAUAGGGUCAGUUUUCAGCUUGGAGAAGAAGCUUUGAAUUUAACACUAAUGAGAGACUGUAGCUCCGCCCACCUAAAAAUAGGGACCAUAUCUUUUUUAUUUACACAUUUUGUGCAUUUAUAUAUAUUUUUCGCUUAUCUUAUCAUGUAGGUCCCCAUUACUUACCUCCCACCACCAAUAUUCCCAAAACUAAAGCUACAUAUGGAGGAUUACCUAAAAUUAAGGUUAUGAGACAUAGAUAAGAUGCACAUAGACAUAAACGGACAUACAGUAGACAAACAUUAACAAUACAGCAAUAUUAAUGAUUAGUAAUUAAUGUUAAUGCAUUAAGUUCAAUGGUUAUUCAUUAUUAAAA